ACAUAUUUUUUAACUUUUUUUUAAUCAUGGACGUAUUGAAUUUGGUAGAGCCUUCCUGAAGUAGGAGAUCGUACUUUUCGUCACUCAAAAUACUUCGAUGGAGGCGGUAUAAAUUUACAUCGAAAUCGACAAGUUUAAGGAUUCGGUGAUUCUCAUUCUUUACUUGCGCCAGCGAGUUUACUCAUCUCUCCGUCUCCUCUCUCUCGAGAAGUCGAUUCCUAGUCGCCGAAGUUUGAGUACAGAAACCCUACAAUGAAGAUCAACGUAAAAACUUUGAAGGGCACUCACUUCGAAAUCGAAUUGAAACCUGAGGACACGGUCGCUGAUGCGAAGAAAACAAUCGAAUCUUCUCAAGGGGCAAAUGUGUAUCCUGCUUCGCAACUGAUGCUUAUUCAUCAAGGGCAGGUUCUUAAAGAUGACACGACAUUGGACGAAAAUAAGGUUGCUGAAAAUAGUUUUGUUGUCAUCAUGUUAGCAAAGAAUAAGAGCUCAUCUGGAGAAGGUUCAACUACAUCAAGUGCAACUACAACGAAGGCACCACAGACAAGUGCCCCACCACCUGCCACAGCUGCUCAAGUCUCUGCUGCAAUCUCAGCACUGCCUGCAUCUGUCCCUUCAUCUGCACCUGCUGCAGCUCCUGGCUCCCCAGUUACUGCUGCGUCAGAAACCGAUGUCUAUGGACAAGCAGCAUCCAACCUGGUUGCCGGUGGUAACCUUAACGGAACAGUCCAACAAAUUAUUGACAUGGGUGGAGGAACUUGGGACAGGGAAACUGUUGUUCGUGCUCUUAGGGCUGCUUACAACAACCCUGAGAGAGCUGUUGAAUAUCUAUAUUCCGGUAUCCCUGAGCAUGCAGAAGUUCCACCCGUGGCUCGUGCCCCCGUAAGUGGGCUGGCUCCAAAUUCUCCGGCUCAGCUUCAACAACCAGCACAACCAGCACCUGUUCCUUCAAGUGGACCCAAUGCUAAUCCUUUGGAUCUCUUCCCUCAGGGCCUGCCAAACAUGGGUUCAAAUGCUGCUGGUGGGGGCAACCUUGAUUUUCUAAGCAACAGUCCGCAGUUCCAAGCCCUACGUACAAUGGUGCAGGCUAAUCCACAAAUCUUGCAGCCCAUGCUUCAGGAGCUAGGGAAGCAAAAUCCUCACCUAAUGAGGCUUAUCCAGGAUCACCAGGCUGAUUUCCUACGGCUGAUCAAUGAACCUGUUGAAGGGGGAGAAGGGAACAUACUGGGGGACCUUGCCGAAGCAGUGCCACAGGCUGUAGAAGUUACACCUGAAGAGCGUGAAGCCAUAGAACGGCUUGAAGCAAUGGGUUUCGAUCGGGCUCUUGUACUGGAGGUGUUCAUUGCCUGCAACAAGAAUGAGGAGCUGGCUGCCAAUUACCUCUUGGAUCACAUGCAUGAAUUUGACGAAUGAUACUAUUAGAGUCCUGGGGUUUUAUGGCUUUCUUCCCCUUGUUCUUCUUUCUCUUUCUUCUCCAACUUUCCUCUCACCUGGUAUUAUUUCUGCUUUUCUUGUUUUCUUUUCAUCCCCAACCCUAGCUUUGGAGUUUUCAAUGUUAGUGCUGGAGAGGGGACUUGAAUGUCCUGUGCAGCUAUUGCCAUGCUUCCAUAGUAGUCUUAUCUCAGUAAUCUUCUUAGUAAGGAUGUAUUAUUAGUCAUUACAUAGACGGCCUGUUUUUCUGGCUGGUGGCAUCAACAUUUGUUGUGAAAUAUUUUGCAUUUCAAGUUUUAAGUUCAAGAUUAUGUAUAUGGUCAUGGAAAUGUUCCAUACUA